CAAACAACUCACACUCAUACAGCCUUACACAAGAAGAAGAAGAAAGAACAGGCAAAAUUGAAACAAUGGUUGCCUUCACUUCCCUCCUCGCUGGCUUCGCCGCCGUUGCCGGCGUCCUGUCCGCUCCCACCGAAUCUGUUGAGGUGGAAAAGCGCCAGACAAUUGGACCUGGCACCGGUUACAACAACGGCUAUUACUACUCUUACUGGAACGAUGGCCACUCCGGCGUGACAUACACUAACGGUGGCGGCGGUUCAUUCACCGUCAACUGGUCCAACUCUGGCAACUUUGUGGGAGGCAAGGGAUGGCAGCCAGGCACCAAGAAUAAGGUCAUAAACUUCUCCGGCAGCUACAAUCCCAACGGAAACAGCUACCUCUCCAUCUACGGCUGGUCCCGCAACCCUCUCAUCGAGUACUACAUCGUCGAGAACUUUGGAACCUACAACCCAUCCACUGGCGCCACCAAGCUGGGUGAAGUGACAUCUGACGGCAGCGUCUACGACAUCUACCGAACUCAGCGCGUCAACCAGCCCUCCAUCAUUGGAACUGCCACCUUUUACCAGUACUGGUCAGUCCGCCGCAGCCACCGCUCCAGCGGCUCGGUCAACACGGCCAACCACUUCAACGCCUGGGCCUCUCACGGUCUCACUUUGGGCACCAUGGACUACCAGAUUGUUGCCGUCGAGGGAUACUUCAGCUCUGGCUCAGCUUCCAUCACUGUCAGCUAAGGGAUUGGCGUGACAGAGAGAAUUAAGAUUGGGAAGUUUAUGAAUGGUUCAUGGGCUUCACUUUGAGUAUAUGGCGAAAACGUGCUAUAAGAUUGACUAGUCUCAUUUCACAAGGGAGAAAAUAGCACAAAUUAGUGUAGUCAAAUGAGAAAUGAAUCUUUAAAUGUUGUUUC